UAUUUCAAGUUCUUCAAGCGUUCUUAGCACUUCAAGCAUCUUCAGUUCUACCCAGAUGAGAUCGAAUAUGUUGACCGCCAAACAUGUGGUUAUAGAAAGCCGCUUAGAUGGGUCUGAUGAUAAUGAUGGCGAUUUACAUGAUCCAGACGUUUCAAGUGAUAAUGAGAAUCCUAUAAGUCCUAUUGACGAUAAUAUUUUAGAAAAUGAGUCGGCUCAUUCAAAUUUUAAGCGAAAAAAUAAAGAAACAAUAAACGAAAAUGCAAAUUUGCGGAAAAAAAUCCGGUUGGCAUCAAUCAUUACAAGUAUGCAUAAUAUGCAGCUUCAAAUGUUUACUAUUAUUCAAGAAAUGCAAACAAAAAUUAACGAACUAUAUGUAAACUUGAAAAUCGGUUCUGAGAAUAAUAUGGAAAAGAAGUCGAA